AUGGAUCUGUACGUCAGACAAGAGACCCCUCUGGGAAGCAGCCAAGGGGAGCGCGGGGUGCAGCCUGAGGAGAGCAGUGAGAAGGUGAAAGCCCAUCUGUCACCCACUGAGCUGAAACCUCAGCUGCCUGGCCUGGGAGAAGCAGCCAGGGAAAGUCCUUCUCCAAGACUUCCCAGGAGGAUUGCCACAGUUUUGGCAGAAGCUGUCACCAGCAAGUUCAGCCUGGCAAACAGGCCGAGCACAGAGGAGCAGAGGGGAAUGUCCCCACCUGGAAUGGUGCAGGUGGAGGGGCAGAGCCAGACUCAGCCUCUAGCUGUGAGUUCUGCCCGUCCUGAGUGGGGCAGCUCAUUUGCACAGCCCAUCCCAAACUCAGCUCAACCUCUGCAGGCAGAGGAUUCUUACAGAACACACCUGGAGACAGGGCUUUUCCCAAACUGGACAGCAGCCUUUAAGGCCAAGGAGGUAACACCCGGAGAAGGUCAGCAGGCCAGAGGGGUCACCUCUCAAGGGAAGACGUGCAAGCCCAAGACUGACAUUGUUUUCCUGAAAGUCCACAAGAGCGCCAGCAGCACCGUCAUGAACAUCCUGUUCCGCUUUGGGGAGAAUCACAACCUCACCUUCGCCUUCCCCCGGGGCGGGGGCUUCCAGCUCUCCUACCCCUACCACUUCCUGGCCAGGUUCGUGCAGGGCUUCUCCCCGCACAGCCCCCGGCGCUUCAACAUCCUCUGCCACCACAUGCGCUUCCUGCAGCCCGAGGUGCAGAAGGUGGUGCCCAGCUCUGCCGUGUACUUCUCCAUCCUGAGGAACCCUGUGCAGCUGAUGGAGUCCUCCUUCGUGUACUACAAGGGCGCGUCAGCCUUCUCUCGUGUGCGCAGCCUGGAGGAGUUCCUGCGCCAGCCCUACCGCUACUACGACCCCUCCCGCGGGGACCGCCACUACGCCAGGAACCUCAUGACCUUCGACUUCGGCUUCAACCCCGACGGAGACGUGUCCCCCGAGCGGGUGCAGCUCAUGCUGAACGCCAUCGAGGCGUCCUUCGAUUUUCUGCUCAUCUCCGAGUACUUCGACGAGUCCAUGGUGCUGCUGAAGGAGAUGCUGUGCUGGGACCUGGACAGCGUCGUGUCCUUCCCGCUCAACUCCAGGGACAGCAGCACCAAAUCCUCCCUGCCGGAGGCCGCCGUGGAGCGGCUGAAGGCGUGGAACAGGCUGGACUGGGAGAUCUACCGGCACUUCAACAGGACCUUCUGGGAGCGGCUGGAGCGGGACAUCGGCGGGGCGCGGCUGCGGCGGGAGCUGCGGGCGCUGCGGGCGCGGCGGGCGGAGCUGGCGCGGGGCUGCCUGCAGGGCACGGGCAGCGUGGGGCCCAAGGACAUCAAGGACUCCUCCCUGCGCCCGCUGCAGCACGGCGGGGCCAGGAUCCUGGGCUACAACCUCAAGCAGGGCUUGGAUGGGGAGCUGGAGAGGACGUGCCGGCGGCUGGUGACGCCGGAGCUGCAGUACAGCAGCCUGCUCUACAAGAAGCAGUUCCCCCCGGAGCACCCCGAGACCCCCCGGCAGCAGAACUGA